AUGGAACUCGGUGGUGGUGAUGACCUCGGAACGGAAAAGAGCGCGACACGUCCGCGAGAGCCUUUCUACUUCUCAAUCCUGGACAGCAGCGCCUGUUCCAGAUGUCUUCCGGCCGCUGCCGAGGGCUCAGAAUUAUGA